UAGUGUUGUAGUGCAGCUUGGCCAGCAGGUGGAAUAUGAGACUGAAUAUUUACGUAGUUUUCACCUUGGGUCUCAUUUCUCAGGCUGCAUCUGACUGCAGUAUAGAGCCUCCGAUUAAGGACGGAGAAGAUGGUAUCGGUUUAAUUUUUGUUCCUGGCGCUACAAUAAGUGGAGAAGCGUAUCUUCCGAUCCUAAGAAAGAUCCAAGAGAAUUAUCCUGGAUCCCUAUGGAUUGGAGCAACUACAGCAUGGUUAAACAAUUUCCCAAACCCAAUUGAAAUCGGUGGACAGAUCAAUGAUUGCCUGUCGAUCGCAGAGAUCAGUGGAUUGAGCACAGAACGGGUUUUCUUUGGUGGGCAUUCUCUUGGUGGUAUAGUUUUAGAGAGCUAUAUUUCAGGACAUGCAGAGCUGGCUCAGGGUAUAAUUUUGCUUGGUACUUGGCUCCCAGAUCUUCUCAGGGCUGACAAUGAAUUCCCUGUCCCAGUUCUCACAGCAAUAGGAGAAAUUGACGGAGGAGGUAUUAGCUACCUUAGACGAGAAUAUUUCGAGACAAAAGAUCUUUCUCCGGAAGUUCAAAUGAAAACAAAAACUAUCCUGGUUCCUCAGGUCCAAAUGUUGCUUUUCUUCAAACAAUUAUACAAAUACACGGUAAACCAUGGUCAAGUGGCGAGUGGUGAGCUUCCUGACGGAGUAAUCACCGACGACAUUGAUCCAGAACUUUCUGAAGAAGAAGCUCACACUAACUAUGCUGUUCGUGUAUCUGACUGGCUGAUCUUGAACAAUGAAACUAUCUCUGAACAAGAAAAGAGAACAGCUGAAAGAAAUUUUGAUGAUUACGAUACAGAGACAUUCAACUUUCUUAAACCAUUCUCCGCCAUGUUUGAACAAGAAACUCAAUCCUCAUACUCUCCAUUCACUCAGCAAGCACAGUUGGAGCUCCUUCAAGUUGCUAUAUCUGAUAAUCUGGAGGUUAAAGAUGAAAUAGUGGAUGCUGGAACUUUUCAGCUUAAACAACCAAGCUUGGAGGUCAAUCCUCAGACUGGACUGGUUAUGGUUGGAACUGUCACCCAUCUCACCUUUGAUUUAGAUAUACUCGAUCAUAAUCAUUAUAAAUCAGCAAGUACUCUGAAGGCCAAGAUGAAAUCUGCAGAUUCUAUUUAUUCUGCUGUUGAACUACCGGAGACAGGACAGUUCAUUUCAUGUUCAGAACUCAACAAAGCGUCCUUAGAUCUAGCAUUGUCCGUUGCAAGUCAAACAGCUCUUAACAGGUUGAAGGAGAAGGGACGAAAUCUAACUUUUCUUCCCGACCAUGAGAUGGGUUGGGGAGGAAUAUCUUGGGAGCUUUCAGGGAAACUAGAAUGGGCUGAGGUUAGCCCUGGUGAAGCUACUCUUAAGUCUUCUAGACUUACGUCAGGAGUUGAUUUCCCAUUGUUUCCUGGCGUACAGUACUGCGAUAUCCUGUCCCCGUACAGAGCUCUUGAGUGGAUUUAUGUGGAGAGCAUUCGGAACACCAUGACGUUGUAAAAUGUUUCAAGAUAGUUUUAACGACAAAAAUUAGAAACAUCUGCAUCUGUAAAUCAUUUAAAGACGCAGAUAUAACCAAUAAAAUGUGGAAUGAUCGUCA